AUGCAGACCCGCAGUCGGGCCCGCAGGGCAUCGAAGGCCUCUGGGCGACCAGAAGCAGAGCGAGUGGCGACGGCCCCGGGCCUCUUCGACCUCGAGUGGACGGCGCUGCGCAACAUCAUCUCGCGGCUGGACCUCCGCGACACCGUCGCUUUCGCGGCCUGCUCGACAAAGUGCUUCACGCACGUCAUGCUCGACCACCAGGGCCCCAAGCGCGUCUGGGACACGUACGGGGGCGGCAGUACGUACGACACGCUUGGCCGCAUCGCAUGGCAGGUCCGCGUCGACACGCCGGAGCGCGUUGCGACGUCGUGCAGGCUCCUCCGGCGCCUGAAGGUCGAGUACACGUCGCACUGGGACUUCGCCCGAGGCUAUGUCGGCGUUUCCGGCCUGCUCAUGCGCCCGUGCUAUAUGUACUUCCUAACCGAGGCUCUGGAGACGCUCGAGCCCUCCGAGUGCACGGCUCCGGGCAUCCUUCGCUUCCUCGAACAGGCGGAGCGCAUGUACGCCGUCGAAGUCCUCAAGUACGCCCCCUCGGUGCUGUCGCUCGGCGAGCCCACGCGUGAAGAACUGGAGUGGGGGGGGGGUGUCCCAUUUGACACCGGCGAUCCGUUCGGGGGCGGGCGGCCGCGCAGCGUCACGGACUUCGAGAGGAACGCGACGGCGGCGCACAAGGCGUGGCGGGCGAUCGAGAGGCUCCCAGGAGACAUGACAUGUCUGAAAAAGCUCGACGUGUCGGGCGCGAAGCAUCUCGCGGUUGAUUUCCUGCCCCGGUCGAGCCGCGCCUCCCUGAAGGUGCUCGACGCCUCGCGAUCCAACGUCCGGGGCAUCCCGGCGGGCUGCGAGCAGCUCCAGUGGGUGGCGCUGCGGGAGUGUCCGCUCCAGUUCAAGGAGGUGCCCGGGUGCGACAUGUUUCCGGAGGACAGCGUGAAGAACGUGCGUGUGCUCGACGUGGCGGGGGUGCAAACGUGGAAUUUGUUCAUACCGGCGUACUUCGAGCACCUCAAGGAGGUCAACGUCAGCGGCUGUAUGGGUCUGCACCACGACGGCAGCUACAUGGCCGAAGGCUGGAGUCCGAUGGAGGACGACGACAACCCGUGCUGGCUGGCGCCUCUUCCGAAGCUCGAGAGGGUCUUGGCCAACGGCACGAACAUCCAGGAGAUGCCGGACCUGUCGAUGCUCGAGGAGCUGCACUUCGACGACAACGAGGCCAUGUAUUCGGACUGGUCGCACCCUGACGCAAUCCCACUGAGUUUUGACGAUUCGUGGAUGCGCCUGCGCAAGCUCACGCUGAACCAAACGGCCGCGUGCAAGCUGCCCGAGGACCUCGAGGACCUCGAGGAGCUCGACAUCGGCUACAUUCGCUGCGAGGACGGCGAGGACGGGCAAUUCCACGUACCGGCGAGCAGCUGCGCCAACAUCCGCGUGCUGAGGACGACGACCAUGGGCCUCACGUGUCUGACCGCGGACUUCGCGUCCCUCGAGGAGCUGUACAUCGCCGACGACGAUUACUACGGGACGCGGCCCAUGUGGAGCGCGCCCGCGAACCAGGGCUUCGAGUCGGACAGCGGGGACGAGUCGGGCGCGGAAGGAUCCGCGGAGUCGUGCGUUGCGCUGCCCCCCGAGGUCGCCGGCCGCCUCAAGGUGCUCUCCGUCGCGCAGUGCCCCUCGCUGCGUGACGUGCCCGAGGGCAUGUCGUCUCUCGAGACCCUGAAGAUCGGCACCUGCCAGCGGCUCCGGGCUGACUGGCUUCCGCCGUCGUCCCGCAAGCGGCUCAGAGAGCUCCGGCUGCACCGCACGGGCGUGAGCACGCUCCCGCACUUGCCGCGCUUGCAGCGGCUCGAGCUGAGCAACGAGAGCGCGUACGACGCGACCGAGUCGUUGCCGAACGACCUGCCGGCAGCCGUGCGGGCGCACAUGACGGAGCUGAGCCUUCCCGGCACGCCGGUCUCGAAGCUGCCCGCGGGCUUCUCCAAGUUGGAGAUCCUCGAUGUCUCUGGCUCACACGCACUGUGCGACGACUUCCUUCCCGCGGACUCGCGCGGCAGGCUCGCGACGCUCAACGCAUCGUCGUCCAAUCUGCGCGUCGUGCCAGACGGGCUCCGAGGACUCGCGAACCUCGACGUCAAAGAUUGCGGUGCCCUGCAUGCGACGGAUUGGCUGCCACAGGACUCGGUUGGCGCCCUGCGCGUGCUCAAGGCAAGCGGUGCGUCCGUCGGGACGCUUCCAGGGGGCAUGCAUCUCCUGCAGGAGCUCGACGUGUCGCGCACGCGGGUCAGCGGGAGCCGCUUCAUUCCAAAGUGCAGCCGCGCCAAGGUGGAGCGGCUGGACGUGACACGCACGUCGAUUCGUCGCAUUCCCGACGACAUGCACAGCCUUGCGGAGCUGCACAUCGACGAGCCGGCGGCCGGCUGGGACGAGGCGAAGGUUGUGCCGGCGAGCAGCCAGCAUAGGCUCCAGAAGGUGUCGUUCGCGCCGAUGGUGACCAAGGACCCGUGGGAGGCAUUCAUGAUAUGA